AUGCCAACUGAGGGUGGAGUCCGACGCAGAAGAAUCACUGCUACCCUGGUGUGGGCCAGAGAUUCUGUUGACACUGGCCACACUCUUGCUUACAUCCAUCAGCAGAAGCAGGCUGGCGAGCCUUUGGAGAGGGAAGAGUGGAAGCAAACUCCAACGGGCAAACGACUGUUUGAGAAGUACAAGUCCAAGAAGUUCAACUACAACUGGGAGGCAACUCAGAAGCGCUACAACUCUUUUGUCAACACUGGAGGUGGCGAGUUCACUCAGGAGCAACUCCAACUUGCUGGUAUUGGGUUGCCUGAGCGCAACGCCGAUCGCCAAGGGGGCCAAAACAUUCAUCCUGGUGACGACGAGGAAAUUGAAGGCGAGGAAGCUGUUGUGAGUGACGCUGUGGACAUUCUUGCUGACGAAGCCACAGUACUCGGACGGGACCAACAACCCACUGGUCGAGCUGCAUCUGCAUCUGCUCCACGGGCACCACUUCGUGUCCAAACACCACCACCACCACCACCAACGGCGCAGACCGGUAUUUUCUACGUCGAAGACAACGACGGGAUGACUACUCGUGUUGGUUUGAUUCCCAUCCCUGAGCUGGACUUCCAGGGUGCCUCCAGGACGGAGUUCCUUUGCAUGAUUGAUCUUCCUGGAGGCGUUCGCAAGCAGAAUGUAAUAGCCACCCUUGAUCAAGACCUUCUUGGUCUAGCUUUUGAGUUCACCGAAGUCAAUGGAGCCUAUGAUCCCGCGGUCUUGGCUAAUGGGAUCUCCUACGGAUUCCGCAUCCAGACAAAAUCGGCUCUUCGCGGUGCUACCGAAAAAGAGUUGAGAGAAGGACAGCAAGGCGGCACACUAUAUUUCAGCAACAAUGUCCUCAAAAAGAAAGUCCACAUUGACUUUCCCGAAAUUUUGGAGAACUACCUUUACAACCCAACCGAUGGCUCACGUGGUCCAGAAAACGAGAUCUACUGGCUACCUAUUGCUGGAGGACGCUGCAUUGCCUUCACGUCUGUCUGGCAGCGGCGCAAUAAUCCCAUCGUUGGUGCUCUUCGGCAGGAGGAGCUUACUCUCGAACAAUUGGAGCAAGCCGCUGAAGCAUUUCCGGCCUUUCAGAAUCCUGAGAUUCGGCAGAGAGUGAAUGAGAUGUUUGCCUCCCCUCCUCGUCCAACUAACCCUCGCACUCAUUUUGACACGCAACCUCAAGCUCCUGUUCCGCCGCCGCCCCCGCCGCCCCCGCCGCCCCCGCCGCCAAUUGUCCCUCCACCGGUGAACCACUACGACCAGACAUUGCAAUGGCAGCGGAACGACCUUCAACAAGAGUUUGAACAAACUGUUGUGAAUGGCUCACCCCGUCUCUUGAACAUGCUUCGUGGAAUUGCUGCAGGUGGCAAUGGGUUGGAUUCACUGACUCCAAAUGAUAUCCAAGGCUUGUUUGCCCGCUGCUUCAAUGAUCCGAGUGGACAGAACCAACCUGGGCAACAGCCACAACAGCCUGCGGGGCAACAGCCUGCAGCACCACAGCCUGUCCGUGCCGCCACCCCACCAAUUCGAGCACCAACUCCAGUACGGGCAGCCACUCCCCCAGCUCAGGUACCAGUUGCUAGGCCUGUCUAUGAACGACGCCCUUUCGUUGCUAAUCCAGUGAUUCCCCCAGUGAUUCCAGGUGGCAUGCCUUACGUGGUUCCGACUCGUGUCCACCCGCUCCAAGUCGAAACUGUCACUGAUGAUAGCACCACUGCUUCGACUGCUUCAUCCAUGUCGCAGUCUCAAAACCAUUGA